AUGCCUCGCUACUCAUUCACUGACUUUGCCUUCAACAUCCGCCUCGUGGAAGAGGCCACUGGUCGCAGCUGUCGUGUGGUGGUCAAUGGAACGCCAGGAAAUCUGUUCGUGGAAAUCCAAGAGCUUGACCGAUUUGGGACCGAGAUUCUGCCCAGCUCAGACGAUGACAGCUCAGUGGAAGAAGUCGCCCCACCAGCUCGCCCUCCUGUCAACCGUGGAGGGCAAGUUGAAUCCAUCCUGGCCAACCGCCAAGCCGUGGUUGAUUUUCUCAACAGUAGUGGAUCGAGUACCGACAAAUCUCCGGCACGUGCAGGAGGACGAGAAGAAGGAACCAACAAUGGAACCAACAACGAGGCCGAGAAGACGUGGUGGAGGAAGACUUGGAGGCAGAAGUCGAGUUCAUUGGAAGUCGCCUUGAUCGCAGCGUCAAUCUCCAAGACAGUGACACCAGUUCCGACUACUCCGCAGCUGUGGGAUUCUCUCAAGAGCCAUUUGCCGUCGCCUCCAUUGUCCCUGUUGUCCCUGCUCGCAACUCCCGUUGUAUUGCUCUCCGUCGUAGCCAGCGCCAGCGCAAGUAGUUGA